AGUCAUCUGUGAAUUGAGUCAGGUACUUUUAAUGCCAGGAUGGAGGAGAAAGAACACAGUUUUCAUGGUUUGGUUUUGUACAGCGUUCAACAGAGGUAAAUCAGCGAACUGGGAAGAUGAUGGGUGGGGAGCAUGGGAGGAAGCAGAGCCCGCUCUUCAAGAACCCGAAGAAGAAGGAAACACUUGCAAAACACAGAAAACUUCCUGGCUUCAAGAUUGCGUUUUAUCCUUGUCGCCAACCAAUGAUCUUAUGGUGAUAGCCCGGGAGCAGAAAGCUGUAUUUCUAGUGCCAAAAUGGAAAUAUAGUGAUAAAGGAAAGGAAGAAAUGCAAUUUGCUGUUGGUUGGAGUGGCUCUUUAAAUGUCGAAGAAGGGGAGCAUGUCACCAGUGCCCUGUGCAUCCCACUGGCAAGCCAGAAGAGGAGUUCCACGGGCCGCCCUGACUGGACCUGCAUCGUGCUGGGCUUCACGUCGGGUUCUGUGCGCUUCUACACGGAGAACGGUGUGCUGUUGCUUGCACAGCUUCUGAAUGAGGACCCUGUGCUGCAGCUUAAAUGCAGGACCUACGAGAUCCCACGACAUCCGGGCGUGACUGAGCAGAAUGAAGAGCUGAGUAUCUUAUAUCCUGCUGCCAUUGUGACUAUUGAUGGAUUUAGCCUUUUUCAGUCUCUUCGUGCUUGUCGAAAUCAGGUAGCAAAAGCUGCAGCUUCAGGCAAUGAGAACAUACAGCCACCACCAUUAGCUUAUAAGAAAUGGGGUCUGCAAGAUGUUGACACUAUCGUUGAUCACGCCAGUAUUGGUAUUAUGACGCUGUCCCCUUUCGAUCAAAUGAAGACUGCCUCCAAUAUCGGUGGAUUUAACGCAGCCAUUAAGAACAGCCCACCUGCCAUGUCUCAGUACAUCACUGUAGGGUCCAAUCCGUUCACUGGCUUCUUCUAUGCUCUAGAGGGAAGCACACAGCCGUUGCUCUCUCACGUUGCCCUCGCCGUUGCCAGCAAACUCACUUCUGCUCUGUUUAAUGCCGCCAGUGGUUGGCUUGGCUGGAAGAGUAGGCACGAGGAAGAAGCUGUCCAAAAGCAAAAGCCGAAGAUGGAGCCAGCCACCCCAUUAGCUGUAAGAUUUGGGCUUCCAGAUUCUAGACGCCAUGGUGAGAGCAUUUGUCUGUCUCCCUGUAAUUCUCUGGCAGCAGUAACGGAUGAUUUUGGCAGAGUUAUUCUAUUGGAUGUAACCAGAGGAAUCGCAAUACGCAUGUGGAAAGGGUAUCGGGACGCCCAGAUUGGUUGGGUCCAGGUGGUAGAGGACCUCCACGAAAGAGUCCCAGAAAAGGGGGACCCCUCCCCCUUUGGGAGUCCCCAGGGCCCCAGUCGAGUGGCUCAGUUCCUCGUGAUCUACGCGCCGAGGCGGGGGAUUUUGGAGGUGUGGAGCACACAGCAGGGACCCAGAGUGGGCGCGUUCAACGUGGGCAAGCACUGCAGGCUCCUGUAUCCUGGCUAUAAAAUAAUGGGCUUAAAUAACGUCACCAGUCAGAGUUGGCAGCCACAGACCUACCAGAUCUGCCUCGUGGAUCCCGUGUCUGCAGGUGUGAAAACGGUGACUGUUCCUUUCCAUCUGGCGCUGAGUGACAAGAAGAGCGAACGGGCCAAGGACAUGCACUUAAUGAAGAAAUUAGCAGCCUUGCUGAAAGCAAAAUCUCCCAGUCUUGAUUCAGUUGAAACAGAAAUAAAGGAAUUAAUUCUCGAUAUUAAGUACCCUGCAACCAAAAAGCAGGCUCUGGAAAGCAUUUUGGCAAACGAACGUCUACCAUUUUCCUGCCUUAGAAACGUCACCCAAACUCUCAUGGACACUUUGAAAAAUCAAGAGGUGGAGUCUGUUGACGAAGGGCUGCUCCAGUUCUGUGCCAGCAAGCUGAAGCUGCUCCGUCUUUACGAGUCCGUCAGCCAGUUAAAUGCCCUUGGUUCUCCUGCAGACACGUCGUUCUCUGAGAACGACUUGGCUGUAUUGCUAAGGCUGGAUGAAAAGGAACUCGUGAAGCUCCAGGCAUUGCUAGAGAAGUAUAAACAAGAGAACAGCAGGGCUGCUGUCCGCUUUUCUGAUGAUCAGGAUGGUGUGUUGCCUGUGAAAACAUUCCUGGAAUAUCUAGAGUAUGAGAAGGAUGUGAUCAACAUAAAGAAGAUGGGUGAAGAGGAGCAUGUGGCUCUAGGCAGCUUCUUCUUUUGGAAGUGUCUGCACGGAGAGAGCUCCACAGAGGACAUGUGCCACACGCUGGAGUCGGCGGGACUCAGCCCGCAGCUGCUGCUGUCUCUGCUCCUGAGCGUGUGGCUUUCUAAGGAGAAGGACAUCCUGGAGAGGCCGCAGUCUGUCCGCUGUCUGCACACGACGCUGUCCCUCCUGAGCCGGAUGAAAGUGGCCCUCGACGACACGUGGGACUCCCAGUCGGUGUCCCCCUGGUGGCAGCAGAUGCGCACGGCCUGCAUUCAGUCUGAGAACAACGGGGCUGCCCUGCUAUCCGCGCACGUGGGGCACUCGGUCGCUGCGCAGAUUUCGGACAGCGCGACCGAGAAGAAGUUUUCCCAAACAGUUUUGGGUGCGGACUCGGAGGCCCUCACGGACUCCUGGGAGGCCCUGUCUCUGGACACCGAGUACUGGAAGCUGCUGCUGAAACAGCUGCAGGACUGCCUCAUCCUGCAGACCCUGCUGCACAGCAGAGCGGACACGCGCCCCGCCAGGGCGCCCUCGCUGCCGGCCGAGCCGCUCCCCCGGCUCUCCGUCAGGAAGCUCCUGGAAGGAGGGAGAGGUGGCAUCGCAGACAGUGUGGCCAAGUGGGUAUUUAAACAGGACUUGAGCCCCGAACUAUUAAAACUGGCUAACGAAGAAAGAGAUGCAGAAAACCCAGACGAACCCAAGGAAGGUAUCAGCCGAGGUUUAUCUGAGGUGUCAGAGGUGGACGUGGACUUGGGAGCCAUACCAGACCUACUGCGUGCGGCCCGCGAGCAGUUCCCGUGCAGCCUGGAGCUGGACGUGCUGCACGCACACUGCUGCUGGGAGUACGUGGUACAGUGGAACAAGGACCCGGAGGAAGCACGUUUUUUUGUGAGGUCAAUAGAACACUUGAAGCACAUCCUUAACGCACAUGUUCAGAACGGCAUCGCCCUGAUGAUGUGGAACACGUUCUUGGUGAAAAGGUUUUCUGCUGCCACCUACUUGCUGGAUAAGGUUGGAAAGUCACCCAAGGAGAGGCUAUGCCGGAGGGACGUGGGGAUGAGCGACACGGCGAUGACCUCUUUCCUGGGCUCCUGCUUGGAUCUCCUGCAGACUUUAUUGGAGGCGGAUGUUGGCAGGGAUGAGAUGCAGGCGCCUGACCUGGAGACGGAGGAUGCGUGGCUCGCGGUCGAAGGGCCCAUCUCCAUCGUGGAACUGGCCCUGGAGCAGAAGCCCAUCCACUACCCGCUGGUGGAGCACCACUCCGUCCUGUGCUCCAUCCUGUACGCGGUCAUGCGGUUCUCUCUGAGGGCCGUGAAGCCACUGUCGCUUUUCGACAGUAAGGGGAAAAAUGCAUUUUUCAAAGACCUAACUUCAAUUCAGUUACUACCCAGUGGAGAAAUGGAUCCAAAUUUCAUUUCUAUACGACAACAGUUCUUGCUGAAGGUUGUCAGUGCCGCUGUCCAGGCUCAGCACGCGGGCACCAGGGAGAAGGAGGGCUCAGACCCAGCCCCAGCUGCUCCUCCUGGGCAAGACCUGGUGUGGCCAGUGCUGGCCGUGGACUUGGCCCAUCACCUUCAAGUUAAUGAAGACGUGGUGAGGAGGCAUUACGUGGGGGAGCUCUACAACUACGGAGUGGACCACCUCGGGGAAGAGGCCAUCCUGCAGGUUCAAGACAAAGAGGUCCUUGCCUCUCAGCUGCUGGUGCUGACGGGGCAGAGGCUGGCGCACGCGCUCCUCCACACCCAGGCGAGGGAAGGCAGGGAGCUGCUGGCCCGACUGUCACCCACUCUCUGCACCUGGCUGAAAGCGAUGGAUCCCCAGGAUCUUCAAAACACAGAAGUGCCAAUUGCAACGACAGCUAAACUAGUGAAUAAAGUAAUUGAGCUUUUACCAGAGAACCACGGGCAGUACAAUCUAGCCUUACACCUCAUCGAAGCUGUGGAAGCCAUAGCCAUUCCUUCUCUAUGACCCGUCCACGUGUGUGACUAGCACGUGAAGCAGUGCAUGGUUAUUUUAUAUAGUCAGAGCUGGGAUUUGAUGGAGGGAGUCUGUCUUUUUUUUUUUCCUUUUGUAAAAUGAAUUUAAAAAUAUGUAUAUUACUUUUAAAAAGUACAGUCCUAGCUCAGUUCCACUCCUUUGGUUAAUACCGAAGGUAAAAUAUAAACAAGUAUCAAUUAUGGCAAAAUAUGAACAAAUAUCAGUGAUACUAUUAACUACUCAUACAGAUGUUUUCCUGUUUAUAUCUAAUUCAAGCACUUAAGUAGCUUUAUUGUUAAAUUUUGCUAUUUAAAAUCGGUUAUAGUUUACAGAUUAUGUUCUUAUUAUAGGAUUCUAUAUUUCAUAUGCAAAUGUUAUUGUUCUAAGUAAAUUCCAAUGGUCAUGUAAAUACAGUCCCAUCAGUAAAAUUAGAGAAACGGUCCCACUCACUCUCCUUUCACAACUAUUAGGAAGAUGCUUUUGUUACGCGCUUAAUCUCUCACGGGACUGACACCCGGAGUCCUGGAAGCUGACAGGUUCCUUUCCCAGAGGACAGCGACCUUGCAAAGGAGUAACACGGUCAAGGUCAUCGUAUCCAUCAGAAGGGACAUUAGCUAGAACCCCUGUUCUGGUACCAAAGGACCUGCCUGUACUUGCCAAAACUGAGAAUCUGAGCUGUGAGCCACACACCAAAAUUAAUGAUAACACAAGGUAAGGCUUGCCUUUUGCCAAGAUUCAAAAGCGUAUCCACAUCAGGUCAUUGUAAAAAUGUAUUAUCUUGUAAAACUUAUGUUUAAAAAAAGGGGCAAAGAUGCUAAAAAUUUAAGUCUAACUUUAUUUUUCUUACAAAUGUUUAGAAAUGUCUGCUGCGGUAAUGUUCUCUGUUCUGGGGAACAGUGAGAAAAUGCUUCGUGACAUUACAGCUUUAGCAAACCUACCUCAGAGCUGGUUGAGAGGAUAAAAUACAACUAAUCUUGUACCCUACAGUGCCUCGAGCAGUCCAAGUGCUGAGUAAUUUGAGUAAAACCCAAUUAACCCAAACUCUAAAAAGUGCUUUGAGCCCUACAGACACCAAGCAUUUACACUGGUGUGUCUGGAAAGUAGCCAUACCGUGCAGUCAGUGGUACCUGUCAUUGUUAUUCGUGGUAGCUCAUUGUGAUAGAUGAUAGAGGUCAGUGCUUCUCUUCCCUGUAAGAAGCCACUCGAGCAACUGCACAGGGCUGAGGAGUAUGUGCUUCAGGGGCAUAAAGAAACCGCCUGAGGUGAGGGCAUCCCAGUGUAAAUGCUCUUGAACUACAGAUCACAUCCAAAUAGGAACGCCCCUGUCUAAAACUUAGCAACUCCCGCUCCAUUGAAAACCUUGGAAAAGAGCUGUGCAGGCUGUUGGGCCUGAGGAGGCGCCGGUGCAGGGCGGCCCCUGAAGCUAGUCCAGCCUUUGCUUGGGUCUCCGCUGCCCCAUCCAGACGCACUCAGAUGGUUUCUGGUGAGCGUAGGCAGCGUCAGUCACUUGUUACGAUUAGUCUAAGACUGGUUCUUCCUGUGAUCUUUCUACAUAUUCUGAAAGUAGUGAUACAUUUUGGAAGCUGGUUAAACGUCUUGGAAUUAUAGGCAUUUUUAAAGAUUACAUAUCACUUUGGGGGGGAAGACGAACCUAAUCAGCAUUUAAGCUAAUAAAGCCGCUUAAGCUUAUUCUGGAAGGACACACAAUCACGUAGAACCAUAACAAAUCGAGUCUCUAGUUAGAUGUGUAACCUAAGAUUUGCACCCAGAAUUUUAACGUUGAGUGCUGAGUUGUAUGGUUAAGAAACAGUUACACAGGUUACUAUUUCAUCAAGGGCUUUUAAAAUAAACCUGAUAGAAGGAAGACAGAGCUCUGUGCAGGCAGGCCUGUCUCCUGCACUUCACAGACACUGGGUGUGUACAGACCGAUGGCAAGACCAUCAGCAGAUCGGUCACGAACUGCUUAUCGGCAGUGGCCUGGACUGACCCAGGUCGCCGAGGUCUGCCUGCACGGUCUGCAACAGGAAGCGCCACAGUCAAGGAGUGAGGUUUGACACCGAGUGGCUGGUUCUGAAACAAAGGGCUUAUUGCACUUAUCGCAGUUACUGAUGGAAGCCAAUAACCAGCAGUUUUCCAGAUACACGCUCCCCCCGCCCCCACGGCAUUGAACAGGCGUGGUGGCCCGUGUUCAGUCCCGCUGUGAUGCCGAAAGAACAAGCAUUCACGUGAUCACAGCAUCUACAUCACAGGCGUGUUCAGAUGUAGACUCCCAAGAGCCGGGAUAAAUGUAGAGAAAGCGGAACAAACAUCAGGCUUCUAAACGCCGCCUUCCUUUGCAAAGAAAAAAACAGAAACAACAGGCUCUUCUCCAUUUCACCUUCGUUAUAAAAAUUCAUCUUAGGUCAAAGUAAACACCAUUACGUUUAACUAGCUUUCUUUUUAUAAAAAAAAAAUACACAAUUAAUUGCAGUUUAAAACCACAAAAAUCUCAGAUGUAGUAAUACUAAGCUUAUAGGAAUAUGACAGACAUCCAGUUAGAAGUGGCUGUGAUUCAUGUAAUUAGGAGAAAUGUUUCUCAAGUACUGACAGCAGCAGGGAAAGCCCCUCAGCGUGACGGGAGUGGAUCUGUUGGACUUACAGGAGUUCGAUUUGGCUGAGUAGUCAGCCUUCCUGGAAAGUGUAACCCGUGCCGAGUGGUGUGUGGAGCCCCCUGUGGCCUAGCGUCAUGUGCUGUAAGUACUAGUAUGUAUAUGCAGUUCUGUAUAUACCGCUUUUCCUGUCUGCUCGUUGUUGUGAAUUUAUGUAUAAUAGUGAAAUAAACUUCCAGCUUUCAUGUU